AUGCCUGAAACGCUCGUCAGCGACAACGGGACGCAGUUCACGAGCAGCGAGUUCCAGCAGUUCUGCAGCGACAGUGGCAUCGAUCACGUCACCACGGCACCGUUUCAUCCACAGUCGAACGGUCAGGCUGAAAGGUUCGUGAACACGUUCAAGAGGGCGCUGAAGAACAUCCAGGAGGGGAAGGUCGGCGUUGGAGAAGCGUUGGAUGAUUUCCUGUUAACCUACCGCACAACAACGAAUCGACAGGUCGACGAAGGUAAAUCACCGUCCGAAGCAAUGUUCGGCCGGCGCAUCAAAACAAGUCUGGACCUGCUACGCCCUCCACCAGAGCGCCCACCGAGUGACGAAAAGGAAGGAAACCGAAGGAGCUUCUCUGCACACGAUGCCGUUUAUGCGACCUGGAACGGUGUGUGA